CGCGCAAAAAUCUGCAAUCACUAAAAAAUUCAGCGCGUUUUUUCUUCAUUCCUUCAAUCACAGAUUCAGCAAGCUCAGUAGAGCAAGAAACCCGGGAAAAAUGGGGUCUCUUUCUCUCUCUUUCACCGACCCCCAACCUCAAGAAAUGAACAUAUCUUCCCAGAAAUUAGACAAAACCCAUUUGCUCAAUCUCUUCAAAUGCCAGCAAAAUUACCUCAACCAUUUCUUCCACAAUCUCGACAUCUCCCAAACCCUAGCCUUCACCGAGGCUCUAUUGAAGGCCCAGGGCACCAUCUUCUUCUCCGGCGUCGGCAAAUCGGGCUUCGUCGCGCAGAAGAUCUCGCAGACGCUGGUCUCGCUCGGCAUCAAAUCGGGCUUCCUGUCGCCCGUCGACGCGCUGCACGGCGACAUCGGCAUUCUGUCGGCGGAGGAUCUGCUGGUGCUGUUCAGCAAGAGCGGGAAUUCGGAGGAGCUGCUCAAGCUGGCGCCCUGCGCGAGGGCUAAAGGGGUUUAUUUGGUGUCGGUGACGUCGGUGGCGCCGAAUGGGCUGACGCGGAUGUGCGAUUUGAACGUGCAUUUGCCGCUGGAGAGGGAAUUGUGCCCCUUCGAUCUGGCGCCGGUGACGUCGACGGCGAUCCAGAUGGUUUUUGGGGAUACGGUGGCGAUCGCGCUUAUGGGGGCGAGGAAUUUGAGCAAGGAGGAGUACGCGUCGAAUCAUCCUGCUGGGAGGAUUGGGAAGUGCUUGAUUUUUAAGGUGAAGGAUGUUAUGAAGAAGAAAGAUGAGCUUCCAGUGUGCAGGGAGCAAGAUCUGAUCAUGGAUCUGCUCGUAGAGCUGACCAGUAAAGGUUGCGGAUGCCUUCUUGUGAUAAACGACGAUUACCAUCUGCUUGGUACUUUCACGGAUGGUGACUUGCGACGCACAUUGAAAGCCAGUGGCGAGGGGAUCUUCAAGCUCACUGUGGGAGAGAUGUGUAACAGGAACCCGAGGACCAUUGGCCCCGAAGCCAUGGCUGUUGAGGCAAUGCAGAAGAUGGAGUCUCCUCCGUCACCAGUGCAGUUCUUGCCCGUCAUUAAUGAUGAAAACGUCGUGAUUGGUAUCGUCACGUUGCAUGGGUUGGUCUCUGCUGGCCUGUGAUUGCAGUCAGACAUCAUCCCUCAAUUCCGCCAUUUAUUACUUCCUAUCACAUUUAAUAUUCUUUGUAUUCUUUCCCAAUCCCGUGAUCGAGUUGCCCUACCGUCUCUGCAAAUUCGAUUUCUUGAAUGCUUUUAAGAUGCCCAUCCAUCAAAGACGAAGAAGAGGGCGUGACGGUGACAGCAGCGGUCCUAGUUGAAGCCUUGACGCUUGAGAUUGUGUUGAAAUUAAAAUGCUGUGUGAUGUUUAGAUAUUGGCUAGUGUUGUAAUGUUAAUGUAUGUCAUUUUCUCUAGUGUUAGUAAAAUAGCAAAAGGGUUUUGGAAAAUGAUGUAGUUCAAUGAAUUCUUUUGUGCUUAUAAUUCAGCCAAAUUAUUCCAUUUUA